AAAGCAGAGGAGAAGAAAACCAGGUCAAGUUCUUGGGGAGCUGACGUACUGAAUACGAAAUCGGAAACCAUAUAAGAUAGAGAAUAUUCUGUCGAAGAUGCUCCGAAAAUGUGGCGGGAAAUCGGCGACAGAGAAGUGGGGAAGCUCCGCCCAAGUUCGUUCUCAAAUCGGGUCAAGUCAACUCGGAUCCAGACGCUCCAGCUCUCCAAUCAGAAAGAAAUCGUCUCCCCUCACCGCGGCUCCAUCAACUCUCUCCAGGUCGAUUUGACGGAGGGGCGCUACUUGUUGUCCGGCGCCUCCGACGCGUCGGCCGCCGUGUACGACAUCCAGCGCGGCACGGAUUACGACGGCGGCGGAGCUAUUUCAAAGCACAAGGCGAUUUUCGUGGUGGAUAAGCAACAUGAGAACGGGCACAAGUACGCGGUGUCGUCGGCGGUUUGGUAUCCGGUGGACACCGGACUGUUUGUGACGGGGUCUUAUGAUCAUCACGUUAAUGUGUGGGAUACGAAUACGACUCAGGUGGUGAUGAAUUUCAAAAUGCCGGGGAAGGUUUACAGGACUGCCAUGUCUUCACUGGCAACUUCUCAUAUGUUGAUUGCUGCUGGGACUGAAGACGUGCAAGUUCGGCUAUGCGAUAUUGCUUCUGGAGCAUUUGCUCACACUUUGUCCGGUCACCGCGAUGGUGUAAUGACAGUGGAAUGGUCUACUUCUAGCGAGUGGGUUUUGGUUACAGGGGGAUGUGAUGGUGCAAUCCGAUUUUGGGACAUUAGACGUGCUGGAUGUUUUCUUGUUUUAGAUCAGUCCCAGUCUCAGCUUGGCAGACGCCCUCCAAUCCUGCAACGCUCCUCUGCAAAUAAGGGUCCGACAGUUAAGCCCGUGUUGGCUGGUCAAAGCUCAUUAGGAAAAGCACGGGCACCGCAAAGGAAACAUUCUAAUGGAAAUGGUGUGAAGCAAUCAUCCACCAGUAAAAGCCUAAAGGGAUCUAUGAAGCAAAGAUUACAUCCAGGAAUGUUGUCUAGUCAGGAUCGUGCUACUGCUCAUUAUGGUGCUGUUACUGGGUUAAAAGUUACUGAUGACGGCAUGUAUCUACUAAGUGCAGGUUCUGAUUCAAGACUAAGACUGUGGGAUAUAGAAUCUGGCUGCAAUACGUUGGUGAACUUUGAAACUGUGCGCCUGCAGACAAGCAGGCCCAUACAGUUGGCCACUAGCCCAAAUUCACCACUUGCUUUUGUUCCAUGCAUGACAGCUGUGAAGGCAUUUGACAUGUGGUCAGGUAGGACGGCCCUGACAUUUCGUGGUCACUAUGAACAUGUGAACUGUUGCUGGUUUAGUUUGCAGGAUCAGGAACUAUACACAGGUGGCAAUGAUAGACAAAUCCUAGUAUGGUCACCAUCCAGAUUGAUUUCUGAUGAGGAUGAAGGACCUGUUAAGGAUGUGGAUAACUGGAGUGACUGACAGGAGCUGUAGUUGCCCCGGAUUUAUGAGAAAUGAGUAAUCAGAAGUUGGCAGAAAUGGAGCUCCAUUUCGGCAGAAAGGGAAAUGCAUUUACUUAUUUUACCCUGGAGUUUCUGAUUUUCUGCUUGUAGCUUUACAUGUACCAUAACAAGCACAUUUUACCUUGUGCUCACUGUAUAUACAUGUAGUUUUUUAACUUUUU